UUUUAAAUACAGUAAUAACGGGAUAACUUAAUGUUAAGAUUAAGGUUGCUGCGUAUCGUUAGCAGUAUUUAACUAGCAAACGUGUAACUCAGCGGUAAGCUUCAGACCUGCGUUACUACGAUGCCAACAGGAGCCAGCUAAAAAACACUGACUAAUAUUGAUAUCCUUCAGGCGGGACAUCAUCCUCUCCAUUGGGUAGUUUGCUAGCCAUGUCCUCACAGCAUCCCAACAGCUCAGCCUCCAACAGCCCCACCAACAUCUUGGGUUCUCCUUUCUCCGUCAUCAGCCCCUCACUUAACUCCCCAGUGGUCUCACCCUCUCUUGGAUUUGGACCCAUCAGCAACAGUCAGAUCACUUCUUCAGCGCCCAUAUCAGGGAUGCACUCGAUCAGCAGCUCAGAGGAUAUCAAACCUCCGUUUGGCCUGAGGCCCAUGCCAGCUCACAGUCCUGGAAUAAUGUUGUCUCAGAAACGCAUGUGUGUCAUCUGUGGAGACCGCUCUUCUGGCAAGCACUACGGAGUGUACAGCUGUGAGGGUUGCAAAGGUUUCUUCAAACGAACUGUACGCAAAGACCUGAGCUAUACCUGCAGGGAUAACAAAGAGUGCCUGGUUGACAAGCGCCAGCGCAAUCGCUGCCAGUACUGCCGCUACCAGAAGUGCCUGGCCAUGGGCAUGAAGAGGGAAGUGAUCAAACAUGUAAGGUGGAUAAAAGAAGAUGGAAAAGAUGAGGGAUGGAUGACGGUCCAGGAGGAGCGCCAGAGGAACCGAGAGCGUGAAGGAGAGCUAGAGUUCAGCGUCGGAGUUAACGAGGAGAUGCCAGUGGAGAAGAUCUUGGAGGCCGAGACUGCUGUGGAGCAGAAGACUGAGCUUCACUCCUCUGACGGAGGCUCUGUAGGCAACUCUCCCCAUGAUGCGGUUACCAACAUUUGUCAGACAGCAGACAAACAGCUGUUUGCCUUGGUGGAGUGGGCAAAGAGAAUCCCUCAUUUCUCUGAACUGCCCCUCGACGACCAGGUUAUCCUUCUGCGUGCAGGGUGGAAUGAACUCCUCAUUGCCUCGUUCUCCCAUCGCUCCAUCGGUCUGAAGGACGGAGUUCUUCUGGCUUCUGAGCUGCAGCGCGACAAUGCACACAGUGCAGGAGUUGGAGCCAUUUUUGACAGGGAGAGUGUACAGAGUGCAGAGGUUGGUGCCAUAUUUGACAGGGUUCUUACUGAGCUCGUCAAUAAAAUGAGAGAUAUGCAAAUGGACAAGACAGAGCUGGGCUGCCUCCGAGCCAUCGUCCUCUUCAACCCAGAUGCUAAAGGGCUCUCCAACACCGGUGAGGUGGAGCUCCUUAGAGAAAAGGUCUAUGCAUCAUUGGAAGCCUACUGCAAACAGAAAUACCCAGAGCAGCAGGGAAGGUUUGCUAAGCUCCUUCUCCGACUGCCAGCACUGCGAUCCAUUGGCUUGAAGUGUUUGGAGCACCUCUUCUUCUUCAAGCUGAUUGGUGACACGCCUAUUGACACUUUCCUCAUGGAAAUGCUUGAAGCUCCCCAUCAGUUGUCUUAGAUAGGAAAUGCGUACUGUGGUUAGGUUUAGAUAGCUGAAGUCUGGGAAGCUGGAGUGGGACUGGAGUGGCACUUUAAGUUCUUUGAAGAUUUGUCAGUUUGUCUCACUGCUGUCUGGGUUACACUAUCUUAGUGCAGCACAGAUUUGCUCUUUAGACCAAACCCAAGGCUUGGCAUGAUCUACAAGCUGGUGCUAUACGUUGAAAUAACUUCAUGAGUAACUAUGGUUAAAAAAAAAAGAAGUAUUUUUAAAAAUGUAAACAUUUACAUAUUUCCCUCACAGGAGCUAUAAUUUGGGUAUACAUUUUUAUAUAAGCUUUUUAGACAUCUCAAACAUUAAGCUCGAUUGUUUAUUCAACUGAGCGGUUCCCUAAAACCUAUUUUUAAACAGAAGUCAACCUGGAUCAUGAGCAUGCAUUUAAGACACAGUCUUCUUUUUAUUACUUAUAAUUCAAGUCAGAUCUAAAAGAAUAUUAAUUGUACCAAACAUCGUCUGGCAGCUGUGCCCAACAACAGCCCAGAGUGAACUUGUAUCCAUUGCAGAAGAUAUCUUAACAGUGACCCGGUGUAGAAGACGAGUCAGUGGGUGAAACUGUCAGGUCCGACUUGUCUGUGUGGACGGAGGAUCAGCUUUAUGUGUCUGGUAGUAUACAGUUAGUGUUGUUUACUUCUUUGCCAUUUUAUAAAAUCGAAUCACUUUGUGGUUAACGAUUAGACUGCACUGCACACUCGCUAUGUACUAUUUCUAAAACCUACUUUUAACAAACGCCCAGCCACUGAAUGGUCGGGCGUUUGGUGUUUGGUGCUAUUUCAGAGAUAAUUAGAAUUAUUGGUGCAGAUGCACACCAAACCACAAACCUAAGAAAAUAUGCAAAAAUGAAAAUCCCUUUGUUAAUCUUUGUUAAAAAAAAUGUAGCAAUAUAAAAUGUAAAACUGCAGCAAUAUAAAAUGUUAACUGCAUAAGAGCUUUCUGCCUGUCAGUCAUUCAGGGGUUUUACAAAGUAAAUCAUGUCUGGUGGAAAGGGAAUACUCCAUUUUGUAAUUUAUCUAUACAAUUCAAAGGUACUGUGCAAAGCAAUUGUUCAGGGAAAAUGUAUAUUGAUAAAUUUGAAUUAUGAUCAGGAGAUACAAAUUAUAUAAUUCUUAAUAUGUGCCCUUGUUUUUAGUUUUCAGCUAGUAUUAAGCAGAACGUGUCUUGGGUUGCACUGGAUUUGCUGACAGUGUUUCAGCUGAUUUUUUUUUAAUGCUUUUUUUUGUAUUUCCUACCUUUCCUCCCUUUUUUAGGUAGCUGUCUUGUUCAUUGUAAUGUCUCUGCAAUUUAUUAAAAGCAAAUCAUAAUCACAUUUAGAUCCAUAACACCUGUGGACAUAGGAAUUUUAAACAAGACCAAAUGAGGUCUGUAUAAUGGCCAUGUGUAAACACCAGAUGAGCUGUAUCGACAUCGACCUCAAAAUGCUCUUGAUGAACAUAAAGUGACUUGAAGCAUGGGUUGUGUGGACUAAAAAAAUAAACGGGGCUUAAGUU